AUGGACUACGAAGCGAUAAAGGAGCAAUGGAGUGAGGUCGAGGAUCGCGAUGGUGUUCGUUUGAGUUGGAACGUCUUUCCCAGCUCUCGCAUGGAAGCUUCAAGACUUGUUGUCCCCAUUGGAGCACUCUACACACCAUUGAAGGAGAAGCCCGAUACUCCUCUGUUGCAUUUCGAGCCUGUGACCUGUAAACAACCUUGUCGUUCAGUGUUGAACCCCUUCUGCCAGGUCGAUGUCCGCGCCAGAGUUUGGAUCUGCCCUUUCUGCUUGUCCAGAAACCAACUGCCGCCUCACUACAAGGACAUUACCGCGAAUGCCAUCCCCCCCGAGCUCCAUCCAGCCAACACCACGAUAGAAUACCGCUUGUCUCGACCGGCGCCCGCGCCCCCGAUCUUUUUGUAUGUCGUUGAUAUGUGCCAGGAGGCAGACAGCCUUGCCUCCUUGAAGGAAUCACUCGUGAUGAGUCUGAGCCUGCUCCCAGAGAACGCUCUUGUUGGACUUAUCACUUAUGGAACAAUGGCCCACGUCCACGAAAUCGGUUACGAGGAAUGCGCCAAGUCUUACGUGUUCCGAGGUAGUAAGGAGUAUGCUGCAAAGCAAGUUCAAGAGAUGCUUGGCUUGACUACUUCUGGUGUACGACCCGGCAUGCAAGCCCAGCCCGGUCGACCAUUCCCCGCAGGCCCAGCGUCUCGCUUCCUCAUGCCUGUCCAACAGGCUGAAUUCCAGUUGACCAAGGCACUGGAGUCUCUCCAAAAGGACCCCUGGCCUGUCGCCAACGAUAGACGUAACCUUCGUUGCACUGGCGUUGCGCUCAGUGUUGCCGUUGGUCUUCUCGAGUCUUCUUUCCAAAAUGCUGGUGGCCGCAUCAUGUUGUUUGCUGGUGGUCCUGCCACAGAAGGACCCGGCAUGGUUGUCGGACCUGAACUGAGGGAGCCAAUCCGAUCCCAUCAUGACAUUGACCGAGACAAUGUCAAGUACUACAAGAAGGCCCUGAAGUUUUACGAGAACCUUGCCAAGCGCACUGCGCACAAUGGUCACAUCAUUGACAUCUUCGCUGGUUGCCUGGACCAAGUUGGUCUACUCGAAAUGAAGGGACUAUGCAAUUCCACUGGUGGCCACAUGAUUCUUACCGAUAGUUUCACUUCCUCCAUGUUCAAGCAGUCAUUUGUGCGAAUCUUCGAGAAGGAUGGAGACGACAACCUUCUUAUGGGUUUCAAUGCCGUACUCGAGGUUCUGACCACGAAGGAACUCAAGGUCACAGGCCUGAUCGGCCAUGCAGUCUCGCUCAACAAGAAGUCUAUCUCUGUUGGCGAAUCUGAAUGUGGUAUCGGCAACACAUGCUCUUGGAAGAUGUGUGGCAUUGACCCCAAGUCCAGCUACGGAAUCUACUUCGAAAUUGCUGGCCAGGGUCCUGCCAAUGUCCAGCAAGCACCACAGAAGGGCAUGAUGCAGUUCCUGACAUACUACCAGCAUUCUUCCGGUCAGUUCCACCUCCGCGUUACAACAGUGGCCCGGAACCUUAGCAGCCCCGCCGGAGACCCCGCGAUCGCGCAAUCUUUCGACCAAGAAGCUGCGGCUGUUCUCAUGUCACGCAUCGCUGUUUUCAAGGCCGAGGUCGAUGACGGUCCCGAUGUCUUGCGUUGGGUCGACAGAAUGUUGAUUCGCUUAUGUUCGCGAUUCGCGGAUUACAGAAAGGACGAUCCUUCAUCUUUCCGAUUGGAGAAGAACUUUACUCUAUAUCCUCAGUUCAUGUUCCACCUCCGCCGAAGUCAAUUCCUCCAGGUCUUCAACAACUCUCCCGAUGAAACGGCCUUUUACCGACAUGUGCUCAACCAUGAGGAUGUCAGCAACUCGCUUGUCAUGAUCCAGCCAACUCUGGACUCCUACACCUUUGACCAGGACGGUGGCCAGCCUGUUUUGCUCGACUCUGCCUCCAUUCAACCCACCCACAUCCUUCUCUUGGAUACUUUCUUCCACAUCCUGAUCUUCCACGGCGAGACCAUCGCAGAAUGGAGGAAGGCUGGAUACCAAGAGCAGGAGGGAUACGAGAACUUUGCUGGUCUGCUUGAGCAGCCCAAGGAAGAUGCUCGUGAUCUCAUUACUGAUCGUUUCCCUCUCCCUCGAUUUAUCGUUUGUGACGCAGGAGGCUCUCAAGCUCGAUUCCUGCUAUCCAAGCUUAACCCCUCUACCACCCACACCACUGGUCCUUACGGUGGUGUAGGAGCCACGACUGCUCAGACCAUCUUUACAGACGACGUGUCUCUCCAGACAUUUAUGGACCAUUUGAUGAAGCUUGCUGUGAGCGGUGCCAACUGA